AUCGGAGCUGCCUAGUCGCUCCCUCUCCCUGCAGAGAGAGAGAGAGAGAGAGAGAGAGAGAGAGAGAGAGAAAGAUGAGGGGUUGAGUGUGCAGCACACACAGAGAGAGAGAGAGAGAUAGAGAGGAGGACAGUGCUUUACAGACACAUACUGAGAGAGGUAGAAAGAAACAGAGAGAGAGAGAGAGAGAGAGAGAGAGAGAGAGAGAGAAGGGAUUUGAAUUUCCUCAAAGUUGGACAGGUUAAACUUGCCGGAAGAUGGCAGAGGGAGGGGAGGGUGAGGAGGAGAUCCAGUUUCUUCGAACGGGUGACGAGGUGGUGCUUCAGUGCACAGCGUCUGUCCUGAAGGAGCAGAUCAAGCUGUGUCUUACCGCUGAAGGAUUCGGAAACCGACUGUGCUUCCUGGAACCCACGUCCAACGCGCAGAAUGUUCCUCCGGACUUGGCGAUCUGUUCCUUUUUCCUGGAGCAGUCGCUGUCCGUGCGAGCCCUGCAGGAAAUGCUGGCGAAUACCGUGGAAAUGGGCAACGAGUCAUCGCAGGGAGGAGGUCACCGGACUCUGCUGUACGGACAUGCUAUCCUGCUCAGACACUACCACAGCAGCAUGUACCUAAGCUGCCUGACCACCUCGCGCUCGCUCACCGAUAAACUGGCCUUCGACGUCGGGCUGCAAGAGGACGCCACGGGUGAAGCCUGCUGGUGGACGAUCCACCCUGCGUCCAAGCAGAGGUCAGAAGGUGAGAAGGUCAGGGUUGGUGAUGACCUCAUUCUUGUCAGUGUGUCUUCUGAGAGAUACUUGCACCUUUCCUAUGCCAGCGGGGACCUCAUGGUCGACGCCUCCUUCAUGCAGACUCUCUGGAACAUGAACCCCAUCUGCUCGGGCUGUGAGCUGGCAGAAGGGUUCCUCACUGGAGGCCACGUGCUCAGGCUGUUCCACGGACACAUGGACGAGUGCCUGGCCAUCUCUGCCUCGGACCAGGGGGAGGAGCAGCGCAGGCAAGCGCACUAUGAAGGAGGAGCCGUGUGUAGCCACGCCCGGUCGCUAUGGAGACUGGAGCCACUGCGAAUCAGCUGGAGCGGGAGCCACAUGAAGUGGGGGCAGCCCUUCCGCGUGCGCCACGUGACCACUGGGCGCUACCUGUGCCUGGAGGAGGACAAGGGGCUGAUGGUCGUGGACCCGGAGCGAGCCAACACCAAGCGCUCGGCGUUCUGCUUCCGCGCCUCAAAGGAGAAGUCUGAGGUCGCUCAAAAGCGAGAUGUGGAAGGGAUGGGCACCCCUGAGAUUAAGUACGGAGAGUCAAUGUGUUUCGUGCAGCACCUUUCCACGGGACUCUGGCUCACCUAUGCCUCUGUGGACGCCAAGUCAGCCCGCCUGGGACCUCUCAAGAGGAAGGCGAUCCUGCACCAGGAGGGCCACAUGGACGACGCACUGUCCCUCUCCCGCUCGCAGCAGGAGGAGUCCCAGGCCUCUCGAAUGAUCUACAGCACCACCGGCCUCUUCACACAGUUCAUCAAGGGCCUGGACUCCCUGAGUGGGAAGAACAAGUCUCCGAGCCCCGUGUCCCUCCCGAUGGACGCGGUGAGCCUGAGCCUGCAGGAUCUCAUCAACUACUUCCAGCCUCCAGAGGAGGAGCUGCAGCACGAGGAGAAGCAGACCAAGCUGAGAUCCCUCAAGAGCAGGCAGAACCUGUUCCAGGAGGAGGGAAUGAUCACGCUGGUGCUGAACUGUAUUGAUCGGCUCAAUGUCUACAACACGGCUGCACAUUUCUCUGAGUUCGCUGGGGAGGAGGCAGCAGAGUCCUGGAAGGAGAUUGUGAACCUGCUCUAUGAGCUGCUGGCCUCCCUGAUCCGUGGGAACCGAUCUAACUGCGCUCUCUUCUCUGACAACCUGGACUGGCUGGUGAGCAAACUGGACCGUCUUGAAGCCUCCUCGGGUAUCCUGGAGGUGCUGUACUGUGUCCUGAUCGAGAGCCCCGAGGUGCUGAACAUCAUCCAGGAGAAUCACAUCAAGUCCAUCAUCUCCCUGCUGGACAAGCACGGCCGCAACCACAAGGUUCUGGAUGUCCUCUGCUCUCUGUGUGUGUGUAACGGUGUUGCUGUGAGGUCCAAUCAGAACCUCAUCACUGAGAACCUCCUGCCAGGUCGGGACCUGCUCUUACAAACCAACCUCAUCAACUAUGUCACCAGUAUGAGGCCCAACCUGUUCAUGGGCACGUGCGAGGGCUCCACGCAGUACAAGAAGUGGUAUUUCGAGGUGAUGGUGGACUGUGUGGACUCCUUUGUGACGGCCCAGGCCACGCACCUGCGGGUGGGCUGGGCCCUGACCGAGGGGUACAGCCCCUACCCUGGGGGGGGCGAGGGCUGGGGCAGCAACGGGGUGGGGGACGACCUCUACUCAUAUGGGUUCGACGGACUGCACCUCUGGUCUGGUGAGUCCCAGUCUGUGAGGCUCGUUAUUCUUCAUAACUGCUGUCUGGAUCUCAGUGUGCCCAGCAUCUCCUUCAGAGUCAACGGGCACCCGGUCCAGGGCAUGUUCGAGAACUUCAACCUGGAUGGGCUCUUCUUCCCAGUCGUCAGCUGCUCUGCUGGGGUCAAGGUUCGUUUCCUGCUGGGUGGUCGCCAUGGCGAGUUCAAGUUCCUGCCUCCUCCAGGUUAUGCUCCAUGCUACGAGGCGCUGCUCCCGAAGGAGAGGAUGCGGAUUGAGCCGAUAAAGGAGUACAAGCACGACUUCGACGGGAUCCGAAACCUGCUGGGGCCGACCCAGUCCCUGACCCACACCGCCUUCACACCCUGCCCUGUGGACACUGUGCAGAUCGUGCUGCCCCCUCACCUGGAGAGAAUCAGAGAGAAGCUGGCAGAAAACAUCCACGAGCUGUGGGCACUGACCCGCAUCGAGCAGGGCUGGACCUACGGCACGUUUCGGGAUGACAACAAGAAGCUGCACCCCUGCCUUGUGGAUUUCCAUCGGCUUCCCGAGCCGGAGAGGAACUACAACCUGCAGAUGUCCGGGGAGACCCUGAAGACAUUGCUGGCUCUGGGCUGCCAUGUUGGGAUGGCUGAUGAAAAGGCGGAGGAGAAUCUGAAGAAGACCAAGCUCCCGAAAACCUACAUUAUGAGCAGUGGGUACAAGCCAGCGCCUCUGGACCUGAACCACGUCAAGCUCACCCCUGCCCAGAACACCCUUGUGGACCGGCUCGCUGAGAACGGGCACAACGUGUGGGCACGGGACCGGGUGCGGCAGGGCUGGACCUACAGCAUCGUGCAGGACAUCAUGAACAAGCGGAACCCUCGCCUGGUCCCGUACAACCUGCUCGACGAGCGCACGAAGAAGACCAAUCGGAACAGCCUGUGCGAGGCUGUCCGCACUCUGAUUGGCUAUGGCUACAACAUCGAGCCUCCUGACCAGGAGUCCAGUGGCCACAGCUCUGCUGGCUGUUGCGCAGACAAGGUGCGUGUUUUCCGCGCUGAGAAGUCGUACGCAGUGCACACUGGGAAGUGGUACUUCGAGUUCGAGGCGGUGACCACGGGGGAGAUGCGCGUGGGCUGGGCGCGACCCAGCGUGCGCGCUGACGUGGUGCUGGGAGGGGACGAGCUCGCCUAUGUCUUCAACGGCUGCAAGGCUCAGCGCUGGCACGUCGGCAGCGAGCCAUUCGGACGGAACUGGCAGUCGGGAGAUGUGGUGGGCUGCAUGAUCGACCUGACGGAGAACAACAUCAUGUUCACCCUCAACGGAGAGAUGCUGAUCAGCGACUCGGGCUCCGACAUCGCCUUCAAAGGAAUCGAGAUCGAGGAGGGGUUCCUCCCCGUCUGCAGUCUGGGGAUGUCCCAGGUUGGACGACUCAACCUGGGGCAGGAUGUCAGCAGUCUCCGGUACUUCACCAUCUGUGGCCUGCAGGAAGGGUUCGAACCUUUCGCCAUCAACAUGAAGAGAGACAUCACCAUGUGGUUCAGCAAGAGCCUGCCCCAGUUCAUCCCAGUGCCGAUGGAUCACAGCCACAUCGAGCUCUCCCGCAUCGACGGCACGGUCGACAGCCCCCCCUGCCUGAAGCUCACACACAAGACGUUCUGCUCUCAGAACAGCAACACGGACCUGCUCUUCCUGAGGCUCAGCAUGCCCGUGGAGUUCCACGAGACGUUCCGCGUGCAGGCAGGGACCACGCCCCUGACCCGGGCCCUCACCAUCCCCGAGGAGGAGGUGCAGGACGUGGAGCCGGACUCGGAGUUCGAGAGGCACAAGAAAUCAGCCAGCCGCAAAGAGGCUGAGGCCACAGGGGACAAGGACCAGGCGGGGGUUCAGGGGGUUCAGGCCAAAGAGCAGGCAGCAGCAGCAGCAGCAGCAAAGGAAAGCGGGAAGGGGGAGAACGACAAGGACACAACCACAGAGAAGAGCAAAAAGAGAGGCUUCCUGUUUAAGGCAAAGAAGCCCGCCUUCAUCUCCCCUCCCCCGGUGGUGCCGACCAUGCCCCGGCUUGUGGAGGACGUCGUCCCCGACGACCGCGACGACCAGGAGAUGAUCAUGAACACGACCACAUACUACUACUCCGUACGGAUCUUUGCCGGGCAGGAGCCCAGCGGGGUGUGGGUGGGCUGGGUGACCCCCGAUUACCACCAGUACGACCCCAACUUCGACCUCAGCAAGGUGCGCAGCGUCACGGUGACUGUGGGAGACGACAAGGGCAACAUCCACGACAGUAUGAAGCACAGUAACUGCUACAUGGUGUGGGGAGGGGAGUUCAGUAACAACACUCAGCAAACCCGCAUCAGCCAGGAGGACCUCGUGAUUGGCUGCCUGGUCGACCUGGCAACCGGCUUCAUGACCUUCACGGCCAAUGGGAAGGAGAUAAACACCUUUUACCAGGUGGAGCCCAACACCAAGCUGUUCCCCGCUGUGUUUGCGCUCCCCACCAGCCAGAACAUGCUGCAGGUUGAGCUGGGCAAGCUCAAGAACAUCAUGCCGAUCUCUGCGGCGAUGUUCCGGAGCGAGCGCAAGAACCCCGUGCCCCAGUGCCCGCCGCGGCUCGACGUGCAGAUGCUGACCCCCGUGGUCUGGAGCCGCAUGCCCAACGAGUUCCUGUCCACGGACACGGGCCGGGUCACUGAGCGCCACGGCUGGAUGGUGGAGUGCAGCCAGCCGCUCACCAUGAUGGCACUCCACAUCCCUGAGGAGAACAGGUGCAUCGAUAUCCUGGAGCUGUCGGAGCGUCUGGACCUGCUCAAGUUCCACUCCCACACCCUGAAGCUGUACUGUGCCGUGUGCGCCCUGGGGAACAACCGCGUGGCCCACGCGCUGUGCAGCCACGUGGACGAGUCCCAGCUGCUGUACACCAUCGAGAACGCCUACCUGCCGGGACCCCUGCGCUCUGGGUACUACGACCUGCUCAUCAGCAUCCACCUGGAGUCCGCCAAGCGCUCGCGGCUCAUGAUGAACAAUGAGUUCAUCGUGCCGAUGACGGAGGAGACGCGGAGCAUCACGCUGUUCCCCGACGAGAGCAAGAGGCACGGCCUGCCCGGCGUGGGGCUCAGCACCUGCCUGCGCCCCAAACUGCACUUCGCGCCCACCAGCUUUGUGGGCACCAACCCUGACCUUUACACUCUGAGUCCUGCCAUCCCCCUGCAGAUCCUCAAGACGAAAGCCAUCAACAUGCUGACGGAGGCUGUGCAGGACGGCGGGCAGCACACGCGGGACCCAGUAGGGGGCAGCGUGGAGUUCCAGUUCGUCCCAGUGCUCAAGCUGAUCAGUACCCUGCUCAUCAUGGGCAUCUUCCAGGACGAGGACGUCAAACACAUCCUCAAGAUGAUCGAGCCCAACGUCUUCGGAGCACUGGAGGGGCAGGGGGAGGGAGAGGAGGGGGCCAAGGAAGAGGGGGACGAGGAAGAGGGGGGCGAGGAAGAGGCCAAAGAGCAAGAGGAGGCAUCAGAAGAAGGGGAGGAAGAGGAGGAGGAGGAGGAGGAGGAGGAGGAGGAGGAGGGGGAGGAAGAGGAGGAGGAGGAAAAAGAGGAGGAGGAGGAGAAAGAGGUGGUGAAGGAGGAGGAGGAGAAGAAGUUGCUGGAAGCGAGGGAAGGAGACUCCAAGGAGGAGGAGGAUGGGCUGGAGGAAGGGCUGCUGCAGAUGAAGCUGCCUGAGUCUGUCAAGCUGCAGAUGUGCAACCUGCUUCAGUACUUCUGCGACUGUGAGCUGCGGCACAGAGUGGAAGGGAUCAUCGCGUACUCCGACCGCUUUGUCAAACUCAUCCAGGCCAAUCAGAGGGAGCGCUACAACGAGCUCAUGAUGGCGUUCACCAUGAGCGCCGCGGAGACCGCGCGCAAGACCAGGGAGUUCCGCUCGCCGCCGCAGGAGCAGGUCAACAUGCUGCUGAACUUCAAGCACGGCCCGGAAGAGGAGGAGUGCCCCGUCCCGGACGAGAUCAGAGAGGACCUGAUUGACUUCCACAACGAUCUGCUGACUCACUGCGGAGUGCAUAUCGAGGAGGAGGAGGAAGAGGAGGAGGUGGACAGCUCCCUGAGAGGAAGGCUCUUCAGCCUGGUGGAGUGGGUCAGAAACUUCCGCAAGAAGAAAGUGGAGGAGGAGACAGAACUAGAGGAGGAUCGCAAACCCAGCACUCUCCAGGAGCUGAUCUCCCACACCAUGGUCCACUGGGCCCAGGAGUCGUUCAUCCAGAACCCGGAGCUGGUGAGGCUGAUGUUCAGCCUUCUGCACCGGCAGUACGACGGCAUUGGGGAGCUGAUCCGAGCGCUGCCCAAGGCCUACACCAUCAACGCCGUGUCGGUGCAGGAUACCAUGGACCUGCUGGAGUGCCUGGGCCAGAUCCGAUCCCUGCUCAUCGUGCAGAUGGGCCCCGAGGAGGAGAGGCUCAUGAUCCAGAGCAUUGGGAACAUCAUGAACAACAAGGUGUUCUACCAGCACCCCAACCUGAUGCGCGCCCUGGGCAUGCACGAGACCGUCAUGGAGGUGAUGGUGAACGUGCUGGGGGGCGGCGACUCCAAGGAGAUCCGCUUCCCCAAGAUGGUGACCAACUGCUGCCGCUUCCUCUGCUACUUCUGCAGGAUCAGCCGGCAGAACCAGCGUGCCAUGUUCGAUCACCUGAGCUACCUGCUGGAGAACAGCGGCAUCGGGCUGGGAAUGAGGGGGUCCACGCCUCUCGACGUCGCUGCGGCCUCUGUGAUUGACAACAAUGAGCUGGCACUGGCUCUGGAGGAGCAGGACCUGGAGAAGGUUGUGACAUACCUGGCUGGCUCAGGUUUACAGAGCUGCCCCAUGCUCCUGGCGAAGGGGUACCCCGAUAUCGGCUGGAACCCCGGGGGUGGGGAGCGAUACCUCGACUUCCUUCGAUUUGCCGUGUUCGUCAACGGGGAGAGCGUGGAAGAGAACGCUAACGUGGUCGUGAGGCUCCUUAUUCGCCGGCCCGAGUGCUUCGGCCCCGCCCUGCGCGGGGAGGGGGGGAACGGACUGCUGGCCGCCAUCGAGGAGGCCAUCAAGAUCUCAGAGGACCCGGCAAGGGACGGGCCGACCGUCAAGAAGGACCGCCGCUUCCCCAUGUUCGGAGGGGAGGAGGCCCAGGAGGAGAACAGAGUGCAUCUUGGGAACGCCAUCAUGUCGUUCUACUCUGCGCUGAUCGACUUGCUGGGACGCUGCGCCCCGGAAAUGCACUUGAUCCAGGCUGGGAAGGGCGAGGCCCUGCGUAUUCGAGCCAUCCUGCGCUCACUGGUUCCCAUUGAGGACCUGGUGGGAGUGAUCAGCCUCCCAGUUCAGAUCCCUGCCUUCGGAAAAGAUGGGAACCCCAUUGAGCCCAAGAUGUCAGCAAGCUUCGUCCCGGAUCACAAGGCCCCAAUGGUUCUGUUCCUGGACCGAGUCUACGGCAUUGAGAACCAGGAAUUCCUGCUGCACGUGCUGGAGGUCGGCUUCCUGCCAGACAUGAGGGCCGCGGCCUCUCUCGACACGGCGGCGUUCAGCACCACUGAGAUGGCUCUGGCUCUGAAUCGUUACCUGUGCUCCGCCGUGCUGCCCCUCCUCACUAAGUGCGCUCCUCUGUUCGCCGGCACCGAGCACAGGGCCAUCAUGGUCGACUCCAUGCUGCACACCAUCUACCGGCUCUCCAGGGGGCGCUCUCUCACCAAGGCGCAGCGCGACGUCAUCGAGGAUUGCCUCAUGUCGCUCUGCAGGUGGGCGGGGCUUAGCCCUUGCUGGGUAGCUGGGCGGGGCUUAAACAAGUUCCUCACCGUGUCGUGUUUGAAUGACGUGUGCUGUCCCUGUUGCCCGCAGCUGCUGAAUAAUCACUAUGAACGCUGCUGGAAAUAUUACUGCCUCCCUAACGGCUGGGCCAACUUCGGAGUGACCUCGGAGGAAGAGCUUCACCUGACCCGGAAGCUGUUUUGGGGCAUCAUCGAGUCUCUAGCGCACAAGAAAUUCGACGCAGAUCUGUUCAAGCUAUCCAUGCUGACUCUCUGCUCGAUCGCCGGCGCGAUCCCGCCGGACUACGUGGACGCAAGCUACUCCUCCCAGACCGAGAAGAAGGCGUCCGUCGACUCCGAGGGCAACUUUGACCCCAAGCCCGUCGAGACCACCAACACUAUAAUCCCUGAGAAAUUGGAUGUGUUUAUUAAUAAGUACGCUGAAUACACUCACGACAGAUGGGCCUUUGAGAAGAUCCAGAACAACUGGAGUUACGGAGAAGCGAUUGACGAGAACUUGAAAACUCAUCCCAUGCUGCGCCCCUACAAGACCUUCUCCGAGAAGGACAAGGAGAUUUACCGCUGGCCCAUCAAGGAGUCGAUCAAAGCGAUGAUCGCGUGGGAGUGGACUCUGGAGAAAGCGCGAGAGGGGGAGGAGGAGAAGACAGAGAAGAAAACCAAGACUCGCAAGAUCUCUCAGUCCGCUCAGGCGACCUACGACCCCAGCCAUGGCUACAACCCCCAGCCCAUUGAUAUCUCAGGGAGCUCCCUCUCCAGAGAGCUACAAGCGAUGGCGGAGCAGCUGGCUGAGAAUUACCACAACACCUGGGGUCGCAAGAAGAAGCUGGAGCUGCAGUCUAAAGGGGGCGGUACCCACCCUCUGCUGGUUCCCUACGACACCCUGACUGCGAAGGAGAAAGCGCGGGACCGAGAGAAGGCUCACGAGCUGCUCAGGUUCCUGCAGCUCAACGGAUACUCAGUGACCAGGGGUCUGAAGGACAUGGAGCUCGACACGUCCUCGGUUGAGAAGCGCUUUGCCUACGGCUUCCUGCAGAAGCUGCUCAAGUGGAUGGACAUCGCCCAGGAGUUCAUCGCCCACCUGGAAGCUGUGGUGAGCAGCGGGAGGGUAGAGAAGUCCCCUCAUGAGCAGGAGAUUAAAUUCUUUGCAAAGAUCCUUUUGCCUCUGAUUAACCAAUACUUCAAGAACCAUUGCCUGUACUUCCUCUCCACUCCGGCUCAAGUGCUGGGCAGCGGUGGGCACUCGUCCAACAAAGAGAAAGAGAUGAUCGCCAGCAUCUUCUGUAAGUUGGCAGCGUUGGUGCGUCACAGAGUCUCUUUGUUUGGAACGGAUGGCCCAGCUGUAGUGGACUGCCUGCAUAUUCUCGCUCGCUCGCUGGACGCCCGGACGGUGAUGAAGUCCGGCCCCGAGAUCGUGAAGGCCGGCCUGCGCUCGUUCUUCGAGAGCGCCGCGGAGGACAUCGAGAAGACGGUGGAGAACCUGAAGCUGGGGAAGGUGUCUCAGAACCGGACGCAGGUGAAGGGCGUGUCUCAGAACAUCAACUACACCACAGUGGCCUUGCUGCCCAUCCUCACCUCCCUGUUCGAGCACAUCACGCAGAACCAGUUCGGGAUACUCUUGUUGGAUGACAUGCAGGUCUCUUGCUAUCGCAUCAUGUGCAGCAUCUACUCUCUGGGCACCACCAAGAAUCCCUACGUGGAAAGGCAGCGCCCCGCUCUGGGGGAGUGUCUGGCCCGCCUGGCCGCUGCCUUCCCCGUCGCCUACCUGGAGCCCCACCUGAACGAAUACAACAUGUUCUCUGUGUACAACACCAAGACCCCUCGAGAGAGAGCCAUCCUGGGACUGCCUAAUCAGGUGGAGGAGAUGUGCCCAGACAUCCCACCGCUCGACAUCCUGAUGAAGGAGAUCGGGGACCUGGCAGAGUCGGGGGCGCGCUACACCGAGAUGCCUCACGUCAUCGAGAUCACGCUGCCCAUGCUGUGCAGCUACCUGCCCCGCUGGUGGGAGCGAGGGCCAGAGAACUGCCCCGAGACAGAGGGGCUGAGCUGCACAGAGGUGACCUCGGAGCACCUCAACAUGCUGCUGGGAAACAUCAUGAAGAUCGUAGUCAACAACCUGGGCAUCGAGGAGGCGUCCUGGAUGAAGAGGCUGGCCGUGUUCGCCCAGCCCAUCGUGAGCCGGGCCAAGUCUGAGAUGCUGAAGUCCCACUUCAUCCCCACGAUGGAGAAGCUGAAGAAGCGCUGUGGGAAGGUGGUGGCCGAGGAAGACGCCCUGAGACUGGAGGCCAAAUCGGAGACCAGCGAGGCUGAGGCGAUCAUCAAGGACGAGUUCUCUGUGCUGUGCAGGGAUCUCUACGCACUCUACCCUCUGCUCAUCCGCUACGUCGACAACAACAGGGCGACGUGGCUGACCUGCCCAGACCCUGACGCUGAGGAACUUUUCAGGAUGGUGGGAGAGGUCUUUAUAUUCUGGUCCAAGUCUCACAACUUCAAGCGGGAAGAGCAGAACUUCGUGGUGAUGAACGAGAUAAACAACAUGUCAUUUCUGACAGCCGACAGCAAGAGCAAGAUGAGCAAGUCUGGAGGCUCUGACCAGGAACGUACCAAGAAGCAGCGGCGGGGGGACCGCUACUCUGUGCAGACAUCCCUCAUUGUGGCCGCUCUCAAGAAGAUGCUGCCCAUCGGACUGAACAUGUGCUCCCCGGCCGACCAGGAGCUCAUCAACCUGGCCAAGCUGCGCUACUCGCUGAAAGACACUGACGAGGAGGUGAGGGAGUUCCUGACUAACAACAUGCACCUGCAGGGCAAGGUUGAGAACUCCUCCAUUCGCUGGCAGAUGGCUCUCUAUAAGGAGCUGUCCGGGAAGGCAGAGGACUCAGAGGAUCCUGAGAAAGUGGUGAAGAGAGUACAGGAGGUGUCCGCGGUGCUCUAUCACAUUGAGCUGACGGAGCACCCCUUCAAGUCGAAGAAGGCAGUCUGGCACAAGCUGCUGUCGAAGCAGCGGAGACGGGCGGUGGUGGCGUGUUUCAGAAUGACCCCGCUCUACAACCUGCCCAGAGCCAAGUGUAGCUAUUUCUACCUGGACUCCUACCGACUGAACUGGCUGACAAAAUCCUUCGAGGAGACAGAUUUCGAGCCCUUAGUUCGCGUCCUGACGGACAGAGCUCGAAGAUGUACAAAAGAAGGGAGGCGUUUCCUGCCCCAUAGAUCGCACCCCUUCCCCGCCCCCCCCCCCCCCCCUCAACUUUGCUCUUGGAUUGGGACGGAGGGCUACUUGUUUGAGGACAGAAUGAUCAACGACCUGGCAAAAUCUGGAGAGGAAGAGGAAGAGGAAGAGGAACCCACUGAGAAGAAGCCCGACCCCCUUCAUCAGCUCAUCCUGCACUUCAGCAGGACUGCACUGACAGAGAAGAGCAAACUGGAUGAAGACUAUCUAUACAUGGCAUAUUCUGACAUCAUGGCUAAGAGCUGCCACAGCGGGGAGGAUGAAGGGGAGGGGGGUGAAGAGGGAGAGGAGAUGUCCUUCGAGGAGAAGGAGAUGGAGAAGCAGCGUCUCCUCUACCAGCAGGCCAGGCUGCACAAUCGCGGAGCUGCUGAGAUGGUCCUGCAGAUGAUCAGUGCCUGUAAAGGUGAGACGGGCUCCAUGGUUGCCUCCACUCUGAAACUGGGAAUCUCCCUCCUCAACGGGGGCAACUGUGAGGUGCAGCAGAAAAUGCUGGAUUACCUGAAGGAGAAGAAGGAGGUGGGGUUUUUUCAGAGCACCCAGACUCUGAUGCAAACCUGCAGCGUGCUGGAUCUGAAUGCCUUCGAGAGACAGAACAAAGCAGAGGGGCUGGGCAUGGUGACCGAGGAGGGGACGGGUGAGAAGGUGAUGGCGGACGAUGAAUUUACCUGCGACCUUUUCAGAUUGCUGCAGCUGCUCUGUGAGGGACACAACAACGAUUUCCAGAACUACCUGAGGACUCAGACAGGUAACACUACCACGAUCAACAUCAUCAUCUGCACUGUGGAUUACCUGCUCCGACUCCAGGAGUCCAUCAGUGAUUUCUAUUGGUAUUACUCUGGGAAAGACCUCAUUGACGAGCAGGGCAAGAAAAACUUCUCCAAAGCAAUGACCGUCGCCAAGCAGGUCUUCAACAGCCUGACUGAGUACAUCCAGAUGAACAAAGCCCAUUUUGCUACAAUUUACAAGCAAGUACAUGGGGGUUUGCAUGUACUGUACACACACACACACACACAGACACGUGCAAACGCAUGCGCACACACACAUGCACACUUGUUGUAUCUGUCUUUUUUACUCUGUAUUUGUUAUUGGAAUGCACACAAGGACCACUUUUGGACUAGAACUCACUGUGAGGACUCGAGCCAGAUCGGUUUACUGAAGGAGCUGCUGGACCUGCAGAAAGACAUGGUGGUCAUGCUGCUGUCCCUGCUGGAAGGUAACGUUGUGAACGGGACCAUCGCCCGUCAGAUGGUGGACAUGCUGGUGGAGUCCUCCAGCAACGUGGAGAUGAUCCUCAAGUUCUUCGACAUGUUCCUGAAGCUGAAGGACAUCGUGGCUUCCGACGCUUUCAAGGAUUACGUGACCGACCCCCGGGGGCUGAUCUCCAAGAAGGACUUCCAGAAAGCCAUGGACAGCCAGAAGCAGUACUCCCCCUCGGAGGUCCAGUUCCUCCUCUCCUGCUCCGAGGCUGACGAGAACGAGAUGAUCAACUACGAGGAGUUCGCCAACCGCUUCCAGGAGCCCGCCAAGGACAUCGGCUUCAACAUCGCCGUGCUGCUGACCAACCUCUCCGAGCACGUCCCCCACGACACGCGGCUCCGGAGUUUCCUGGUGCAGGCGGAGAGCAUCCUGGGGUACUUCCAGCCUUUCCUGGGGCGGAUCGAGGUGAUGGGUCCCAGCAAGAGGAUCGAGCGCAUCUACUUUGAGAUCAGCGAGACCAACCGCGCCCAGUGGGAGAUGCCUCAGGUGAAGGAGUCCAAGCGGCAGUUCAUCUUCGACGUGGUGAACGAGGGCGGCGAGUCAGAGAAGAUGGAGAUGUUCGUGAACUUCUGCGAGGACACCAUCUUCGAGAUGCAGAUCGCCUCGCAGAUCUCGGAGUGCGAGGAGCAGGAAGGGAAGGAGGAGAGCGACGAGGAGGAGGGAGCAGGAGGAAGAACAGGAGGAGGAGGAGGAGGAGGAGGAGGAGAGGAAGGAGGAGGGGACGGGGAAGGAGGAGGCGAUGCCACCGAGCCCGGGUCUGCCUUCUCGGAGUUCGUCAACGGACUCCUGGAGUUCCUGGGAAUGUUCACGUUCCGGAACCUACGCAGGCAGUUCCGCAGGCUCAAGAGGAUGACCCUGAAGGAGAUAGUGGUUGGGCUUUGGUCCAUCUUCUGGGCUCUGCUGUUGGGCAUUCUGCAGUUCGUCUGCAGCUUCUGCAAGGGCUUCUUCCUGCUGGUCUGGACCACCCUCUUCGGGGGAGGGCUGGUCGAGGGAGCCAAGAACAUCACCGUGACGGAGAUCCUGGCCAGCAUGCCCGACCCGACCCAGGACGAGGUCCACGGGGACCUGCCCAGCGAGGGGGGGAGCAAGGAGGAGCAGGAGGCUGCAGGGACAGUGGAUUUGCUGGACCCCUCGAAGGGGGAGGAGACCACCGACGACUCAGCUGACAUGUACGGGAUGGAGAGGAAGGAGCUGGGACCCCCCGGGGGGCUGGGAGAUAUGGGGGAGCCCACCACCGUCGAGCCCCCCACCCCCGAAGGAACCCCGAUAGCCAUGAGGAAAGUGCAACCGGACCAUGAGACACAAGAAACCAAAGUGAUCGAGGAGCCCCUACCGGAGCUGGAAAAAGCAGAUGUGGAGAAUGGAGAGAAGGCAGCGAAGGAAGGGGGCAGGCAGGCGGAGGAAGGAGAAGAGGAAGAAGAGAAGGAGAAAGUGGCACGCAGGAAGAAGACAAAGAGAGAGAAGAAGCCGGCAGAUUCCGAAGCUGGGUUCGACUUCUGGAGCGAGGUGGAGAUUCAGAGGAUCAAGUUCCUGAACUACCUCUCCAGAAAUUUCUAUAACCUGCGCUUCCUGGCCCUGUUUGUGUCGUUCGCUCUCAACUUCAUCUUGCUGUUUUACAAGGUUUCAGAGUCUCCUGCUGGUGACGAUGAUUUAGAAGGCUCGGGUCUGUUCGAGCAGGAGAUGGAAGGAUCUGGGUUCGAGGAAGGAGGGGACGAGGAUGAGGAGGGCGCCGUGGUCUAUUUCUUCCUGGAGGAGAGUACGGGAUACAUGCAGCCCACCCUCUCUUUCCUCUCCAUCCUCCACACUCUCAUCUCCUUCCUCUGCAUCAUCGGAUACAACUGCCUCAAGGUUCCGCUGGUCAUCUUCAAGAGAGAGAAGGAACUGGCCAGGAAGCUGGAGUUUGAUGGUCUCUACAUCACUGAACAGCCCGAGGACGAUGACAUCAAGGGACAGUGGGACAGGCUGGUCCUCAACACACCCUCUUUCCCAAGCAACUACUGGGACAAGUUUGUGAAAAGAAAGGUUCUGGAGAAGUACGGUGAUAUCUACGGCAGGGAGAGGAUUGCGGAGCUGCUCGGGAUGGACCUGGCCUCUCUGGAUAUCAGCUCACAACACGAGAAGAAGCAGGAGCCCGACAGCUCCAUAUUGUCCUGGAUCACUUCAGUCGACAUCAAGUACCAGAUCUGGAAGAAUGGAGUGGUCUUCACCAAUAAUUCCUUUCUCUACUUGGUUUGGUACAUGGUCAUGUCGAUGCUCGGUCACUACAACAACUUCUUCUACGCCUGUCACCUUCUGGACAUCGCCAUGGGCGUGAAGACGCUCCGCACCAUCCUGUCCUCCGUGACACACAACGGGAAGCAGCUCAUGAUGACUGUGGGGCUGUUGGCAGUGGUGGUGUACCUCUACACCGUCAUCGCAUUCAACUUCUUCCGCAAGUUCUACAACAAGAGCGAGGACGAGGACGAGCCAGACAUGAAGUGCGACGACAUGAUGACUUGCUAUCUCUUCCACAUGUACGUGGGGGUGCGGGCGGGCGGGGGUAUCGGGGACGAGAUAGAGGAUCCCGCGGGGGACGAGUACGAGCUGUACAGGGUGGUCUUCGACAUCACCUUCUUCUUCUUCGUCAUCGUCAUCCUGCUGGCCAUCAUCCAGGGAGUCAAUUGUCACCGCGGUGGAGAGCUGAGAGACCAGCAGGAGCAGGUGAAGGAGGACAUGGAGACUAAGUGCUUCAUCUGCGGGAUCGGGAGCGAUUACUUCGACACGACUCCGCACGGCUUUGAGACCCACACGCUGGAGGAGCACAAUCUGGCCAACUACAUGUUCUUUCUGAUGUAUUUAAUUAAUAAGGAUGACACAGAACACACAGGGCAGGAGUCCUACGUGUGGAAGUUGUAUCAGGAACGCUGUUGGGAUUUCUUCCCGGCCGGAGAUUGUUUCCGGAAGCAGUAUGAGGAUCUACUGGGAUAAAAAAAAUAAUAAAUACUGGGAAGGAUGAAGGACGCUUGACACACGAACAAACAAACAAACAACCAAACACACACACAUUGCCCUCCUACCCCACAGUGCCAGAGAAUACAGAGAGAGAGAGAGAGAGAGCGCUAAUACAAAUUAUAAAUACUGAUCGCCCCCCCCCCCCUCCAAAAAAAAUUGGAAAACUGCAUUGUUUGUUUUCCUUGCGUUACCCAAGAGAAAAAAGAAAUGGUACCGUCUCUGCUAAGCCCCACUGUCAUCUACGCUUGCAGGAGCACUGGGUUUAGUGGAGGAAGAACCAGUCUGUGUGAUCCAGAAACCACCAUGGUAAAAGCAUGGUAAAGUGUAAAGCACAGAGAGAUCUGGUAAAGCAUAGGGAAGCAUAGAGAGAUCUGGUA